GCGCCUGCGCACUAGCGUUCCAGCUGGAGGAGGGAGAAGGACAACGCAGCGAGCAAAAAACACACAAUGGCGACGGCGGCGACCACGGCAAGCGGGCCGAACACCGGCCCCGUCGGCGGCGGGACCGCGGUGGGCCGCAAAAAAGACGGAGGCCCCUCCGCGAAAUUCUGGGAGGGUUCCGAAACGAUAUCGCAACUGGAGACGGUUCGCCUGUGGAUCGGGAAGCACUACAAGAAGUAUGUCCAGAAUGACUCCCCCUCCAGCAAGUCGCUGGCGGGCCUGGUGGUCCAGCUGCUUCAGUUCCAAGAGGAUGCUUUUGGACGCAGAGUCAACAACCCUGCUCUCACCAAGCUGCCGGCCAAGUGUUUCCUGGACAUGAAGGCAGGAGGCGCUCUCUGUCACAUUCUGGGCUCUGUCUACAAGUUCAAGAGUGAGCAGGGCUGGCGGCGCUUUGACCUGCAGAACCCCUCUCGCAUGGACAGGAACGUGGAAAUGUUCCUGAAUGUGGAAAAGAACCUGGUGCAGAAUAACUGUCUCACCCGGCCCACCGUCUUCUUGUCUGCGGACAUCGAGGCCAAACAAGCCAAUAAGCUCAAAGACGCCAUCAAGAGACACCAGGGCUCCAUCUCUGAAGACAAGUCAAAGGCCACCCACCUUAUCUUCCCAUCUCCAUCGCAGCUGGAGGAAGAGGAGUGGCUGCGCCCCGUCAUGAGGAAAGACAAGCAGGUUCUGGUCCACUGGGGGCUCUAUCCAGACAGCUAUGACACCUGGGUGUCAACCAGUGAGGUGGAUGGGGAUUUGGAGGAUCCCCCCAGUGCUGACCGACCGUGGAAGGUUCAUGCUAAAUGGGUACUAGACACCGACAACUUCAACGAGUGGAUGAAUGAGGAAGACUACGAGGUGGACGACAACAAGAAACCUAUCAGCUUCCGCCAAAAGAUCUUCCCGAAGGAGGAGGAGUCUUCCCGUACACCCGAUCGCAAGGAGCGCAAGGCCAACUCUGCCGGAAAGAAGAGGAGGCGCUCGCCCUCACCGCCGAGCACACCUGCCGAGUCCCGAAAGAAAGGUGGAAAGAAAGGCAACACAGGGCACUACUGGAAGCGUCGGGGUCACCGAGGCGAUGAGGACGACACUGAGGACGACGUCACCAAAGACUUGGAUGACUCCUCUGCAGGCGCCAGCAUGGAGGAGGGAAGUGUUUGUAAGAAUGCUCAUUCAAAGAAGGAUGUUGAGAGCACUCCUCUAAAAGGAGACAACGGACAAGACGUGGACGACAUGGAGGAUGACUCAGUGCUGUCUGGUGGAAAGGAGGACGAGGACCAGAGCAAAGCUGAAGUCAGCCGCCUGAUGGAUGCCAGCGAGGACAAUGUGACGGAGCAGACGCACCACAUCAUCAUCCCCAGCUACAGCGCGUGGUUCGACUAUAACUGUAUUCAUGAAAUUGAGCGCAGAGCGCUGCCUGAGUUCUUCAAUGGCAAGAACAAGUCCAAAACCCCUGAGAUAUACCUCGCCUACCGUAACUUUAUGAUUGACACGUACCGGCUCAACCCCCAGGAGUAUCUCACCUCCACUUCCUGCCGCAGGAAUCUGACAGGUGACGUGUGCGCCAUCAUGAGAGUUCACGCCUUCCUAGAGCAGUGGGGGCUGGUGAACUACCAGGUGGAUGCAGACAGCCGACCUUUGCCCAUGGGGCCCCCACCGACGCCCCACUUCACCGUGCUGGCUGACACCCCUUCUGGCCUCGUGCCCCUCAACCACAGACCUCCGCCGAUCCCGCCCCCACAGCAGAUGGCCAACUUCCUUGAUAAGAGCAAAGAAAAAAUCGACCUCCAAAACUUUGGCCUCCGUACUGACCAGUACAAGAAGAGCUCCAAGGGUAAAUCCGUGGUGUCUUCCCGGGAAUGGACCGAGCAGGAGACCCUGCUGCUGCUAGAGGCUCUUGAGAUGUUCAAAGAUGACUGGAACAAAGUGUCCGAGCACGUAGGAUCGCGCACGCAAGACGAAUGCAUCUUACACUUCCUGCGCCUGCCCAUCGAGGACCCCUACCUGGAGAGCUCCGAGGCAUCGCUGGGCCCUCUGGCUUAUCAGCCCAUCCCCUUCAGCCAGUCCGGGAACCCCGUCAUGAGCACCGUGGCUUUCCUGGCCUCCGUGGUUGACCCCAGAGUAGCGUCUGCUGCCGCCAAGGCGGCACUCGAGGAGUUCUCCCGCGUUCGAGAGGAGGUGCCGGCGGAACUGGUAGAGGCUCACGUGAAAAAAGUGCAGGAGGCGGCGAGGAGCACGGGCAAGGUGGACCCCGCCUUCGGCCUGGAGAGCAGUGGCAUCGCUGGGACUUCUCCUGAAGAACCCGAGAAAACAGUGCAUUACCUUGCAGAGGCUCCUGAAGCUGAAAAGAUGGAGGCCGACACAGACUCCCAGCAGGGGGACAAGGCCGAGUCCAAGGACGAGGCAGAGAAGCCCAGCGAGUCAGCGGAGAAGGGCGACAAGACGGAGGCUGCAGAGAAGGUAAAGAAGGAGGCGGGGGAGGUGUCGGAGCGCGAGGACGAGAGCGAAGAGGGAGACGAGACAAAGGCAGCUCCUGCAGACAAGGAUGAAGAAGAGUCCAUGGAGACGUCGUCCUCGGAGCAGGAGAAGGACAAGGAAGACAAACCCACCACAGAGGAGGGGGAGGACAAGAGGAAGAAGCUUGAGCACGACAUCGGCGAAGGAAACAUCGCCACGGCGGCCGCCGCCGCCCUGGCAUCUGCUGCCACCAAAGCCAAGCACCUGGCGGCGGUGGAGGAGAGGAAGAUCAAGUCUUUGGUGGCUCUGCUCGUGGAGACUCAGAUGAAGAAGCUGGAGAUCAAGCUGAGGCACUUUGAGGAACUGGAAACCAUCAUGGACCGCGAGAAGGAGGCCCUGGAGCUCCAGAGGCAGCAGCUGCUGACGGAGCGUCAGACCUUCCACAUGGAGCAGCUCAAGUACGCCGAGAUGAAGGCCCGCCAGCAGAUGGAGCAGCAGGCCGCCGCUGCCGCCCAGGCUCAGGGACAAAGCCACACCCCCGGGCCACCAGGCAUGCAUCCUGGGGGCCACGGAGCCCCUCCUCCCCUCCACGGCGCCCCAACUCCUCACCUUGGAGGGCCCCUGCCUGGUGCGGCCAUGCACCCCGGCUACCCUCCUAUGGGCCACCACCCCAUGGGCCCCCACCUCGCGGGCCAGCCAGCACCCCUCGGACCUGUACAGCCCAUGCGCAUGAUGGCGGGCCCCCCCACUGCCGGCCCCCAGCCUGGUGGUAUGCCUCCCAUGAUGCCUCCACGCCACCCAGGAGCUCCCAACGGCAUGUACCCAGGACCACCAGCUGCACAGGCCGAAGCCGUGCCCCCGGUUCCCGUGGGUGCUCCAGUGCCCCCCAGUGGACGCGCAGCGGACAAUUGAGACCAACACGCAAAGCCUAAUUGUACCAUCACCUAAACCAACCACACACACACUCAGGGUGACACAUAUACAUACACACACACUUACACACACAAACCAAAAAUGUUGUUCCUGCUGAGUCGGGCCUGAUGGAGGCUGCAGACACUAAACACUGGACAAAAUCAGAAGCUCGGUCCCGGCGAGUGUCUGCCUCGCCUCAGACUUUUACACUGAAGUGUGUGUGCGAUAGGCGUGCUCCGCCUCCUGAGCCGUCUUUGCCUACAUUUCCUGUUUUUGACCCGACUUAAAAAUGGCAGCUGGUCACCUGCAGGAACAAAUUAAACACCUGCAACACACACACACACACACGCUGAGCAGAGGUUCACACUGGAGCUGCCAUGCACUGACACACGCACACACAUACACACACUUAUGCGGCCUUUGUUAGUGUGACUGGGACACCUUGGCUCCGCCUUUUUAUAGAAGCUGUAGCAACUUAAGCCCCACCCCUCCUGUGCUUUCUAACGCUGCCUACCUCGCUAGCCCCCCCACACCUUCAUUUACAGUCAUAGUACACCAUGUAGACCUGUGUGUGUGUGUGUGUGUGUGUGUGUGUCAUGUUACACGUCCAUUUAAAGAGCUUUGCAAAGUGACCGCUCGCUAGCACUGUUAGCAUCUCUGCUACCUCUCUUUCCUUGCUCGCCCGUUAGCUACCUCUUCUAGAACUUCACCCCUAUACCCCCGCUGCCUUCUAGAACUCUCCGCUUCCUGCUACCUCUGCUUCCACUUCCUGUUUCCUUCGACGCCCCGUCGCCACCUGGCAGGUCAUGUGAUGCGACCGACCGCUCCCGCAUAGCAUCUUUAACGACUAAAUGUAUUUUUAAGAGUUUUGUGUAGAGCAGGUUUUUGUGUAGCAUUUAGUUGGAUUUUGUACGGUCUGUUGCUACUUGGACCUUCACGCUGGACAAUAAAAUGUUUUUUC